AGUGAGCGCUGCCCGCGAGCCGAGCAGUCGGGAAAGUACAUGUCGGAGCGCCCCCGGACAGCCGCCGCCGCCGCCGCCGCGAUGCCUUCCAGGUUCAGCAUCAAGCAGCUCGUCGAGACCGGCCGGCGCUUCAUUUCUUUCCUGGCCGAAAAUAAGUGGGACGGAGAGACUGAUCGCGAGGUGCUGCGGGACCUCUACAACCUCUUCAGAUCGGGCCAAGGCACCCCUGUGGCCACCUUCUCCUCCAUGCUAUAUGGCAUGAGAAUCAGCAACCGGGCCAGAGUGACCAAGGAGAAUGUCAUUUUCCGCAAGAAAAAAAACAAAAUAAAUUUGCCCUCGAGGCCCGCCGCUGGAAAUAGGCCGCUGGGAAUUGAACAGCCAGAAGGCAGAAAGGCAGAGUCCCUGCUGAAGCAGAUCAGGAAGAAAAGGUUUGAUCUGAUCACAGCAAAGUAUGGGGUGGUUGUGGAGGUGCUGGAGAAGGAAAGAGUCGAGGUCUGCGAUGGACAACUUCGCAUCCGCGCCCAACUACACCAGGAGGAGAAACUGACCCUGCAGCUGCAGAAUAGAGGGACCCAGCCCGUCAUCCUCACCCGACUCUUCACACUUUCCCGUAGCUCCCAGAUUAGCUUCCAACCCCUGGAUGACAAUGAGCUGCUACCCUUCGUGCUCCACCCCAAUGACUCCCAUAGGCUCCGUGUCCACUGCCGGUCUGACGACGUGGGACAUUUCCCAGCAACGGUGCUGUGGACGUUAGAGAGGCCAGAGGAGCCUGGAGCUGAGUUCAUCGUCCGCUUUCUGGCCUUCAGGGCUCAGAGCCCACUGACUCGACAACUGGAGCCCACGGCCCCCUACAGACGCCGUCAGCUCCCACCAGAUCCCCCAAGAAAAUCCAAAGUGGAGGAGGGGGAGAGACCAAACAGAACAGCGAAGAGCCUUCUGGAGAAGAAUCUGAAUCUGAAGUGGUAUGACUGCUCCCCUCUCAAACGCCUGGUCCCUGCACUGAUGAAAUCGGACUCCAGCACUGAUGACCCUGAACUUACUCAGAUCUGGUCACAGCUCAACACUCCACUGAGCUGGGACAAUUAUGAAGAGAAGUUAAAGUUGCUGCUGCAACUGGAGGAACUGCAGAUGGAGCAGGACAUCAAACAGUACAAUCUCAAGGACACAACUAUGUCAGCCGAACCCCAGGCUUCCAGUGGGUCUAACCUCUUCACUCUUAAGGUCCCUGGGGUGGCUGAGAACCGCCCAUCGGUGCUGCGUGGAGACCACCUGCUCAUCACAUUCAGCCAAAAUUCAAGGACAUUUACAUACAAGGGUUAUGUGCACAAGGUGGAGCUGGACCAGGUCAAACUGAGUUUACACCCAAGCUUCCCGAAGGAGUCUAUAGCGGGGCUAACCUUUAAUGUGGCUUUCACCUUAAACCGGCUGCCCCUGCGCCUCCAGUAUCGUGCCCUGGAGCUGGCCCGUAAAGUGUCGUUGGAGCCAGUGCUGUUCCCUGCCGCCCCCCGCAGGGUCCCUCUCAUCUCUGGAGACCUGAAGCUCACGCUGCAUGAUCGUCGUCUGGAGUCCAACCCACAGCAGGUUCAGGCCAUUCGUAAUAUCAUCCUGGACACCUCCCGUCCAGCCCCCUAUCUCAUCUUCGGACCUCCAGGCACCGGAAAGACCGUUACCUUGGUAGAAGCUAUCAAGCAGGUGGUGAAGCUUAUGCCAGAUGCCCACAUCCUGGCCUGUGCUCCAACCAACUCGGCAGCCAACCUGCUAUGCCAGCGGCUCCUGCCCCAUCUGUCCAGCGGGUUAUACCGCCUCUUGGCACAAAGCCAAGACUUUCACUUAGUGCCUGAAGAUAUCAAGGACUACUGUAACUGGGAUGAGGACAGUAAGGACUACGAGUACCCACCCAAGGAGAAGUUGCAGAAAUAUCGGGUUCUCAUCACCACACUGCUCACUGCGGGCCGGCUGGCAUCAGCUCAGUUCCCCCGUGGUCACUUCUCUCACAUAUUCAUCGAUGAAGCGGGUAACACCGCGGAGCCUGAGAGUCUCAUAGCUGUGGCAGGGUUACUGGAUGUUGAAGAUUCUGAUACCCCAGGAGGUCAGCUGGUCCUGACUGGAGAUCCUAAGCAGCUGGGCCCAGUGUUGCAUUCCCAACUAGCCCGGAACCACGGUCUGGGCAUGUCCUUGCUGGAGCGACUUGUGGAGAAGGCACCGCAGUACAAGCAGGGACCAGGCUAUAACUCCACUCUCAUAACCAAGCUCCUGUGUAAUUACAGGUCCCAUCCAUCGAUCCUGGAAAUUCCCAACCGACUCUUCUACCAGGGGGAGUUGCUGCCCUGUGCUGAUCUUAUGGAUCGGGAACGCUUCUGCCGCUGGGAAGGGUUGCCCCGCCAGGGGUUCCCCAUCGUGUUCCACGGAGUACUGGGAGAGGACAUGCGAGAAGCCAACAGCCCAUCCUUCUUCAAUGCUGAGGAGGUCCACAGAGUUGUGGAGUACUUGCAUGAACUCCUGUGCUCCCAGCCCAAAAAGGGACAGGGCCGCUUGUCCCCCCAGCAUGUGGGGGUCAUCUCUCCUUUCAGAAAACAGGUGGAGAAAAUUCGUCACUGCCUCACUGUACUGGACAAGAAACUGCGAGACCUGAAUAACAUCAAAGACCUGAAGGUGGGCUCGGUAGAGGAGUUCCAAGGCCAGGAACGUUACGUGAUCAUCAUCUCCACCGUCUGCAGCAGCCAUAACUUUGUCCAGUUGGACAAAGACUUCACCCGGGGUAUCCUGAACAACCCCAAGAGGUUCAAUGUAGCCAUGACUCGAGCCAAGGCCCUGCUCAUAGUAGUGGGGAACCCCAUUCUGCUGUCCCAGGACCGCCAGUGGAAGACGUUCUUACAGUUCUGUAAAGACAAUGGCGGGUACAAAGGCUGCCCCUUCCCUACGGACGAAGAGCAAGGCGUAUGUCAGCAGCUGAAUGAACUGAGCCGCAUUUUUCCCACUCAGGAUAAUCCCGCCACCAAGGACAGCAUCUCACCGCUGCAGGAGGAGCUAGCCUGGAAGUGUGAGAUGUGAUUGCCCAGUCCCUGGAGUCAGCCACCCACCCACCCCCACCCUUUACCUGCCCAGUUAGUCACGGGGAGGAUUCCUGCAGUUCUAGGUCCAGCUCCUUGGGAGGAGCACCACCUUGGGAGAACUUGGAAGUCAGGAGAUUCUACUGUUGAAAAUAAAAGUUUACUUGAGCCAAGGACCUUGGAGGAGUGGA